AAUCGAUAUACGAUCAAAAUAAAUAGCUGUUUUUUUUUAUUAUUGUUUUGCUUGGAUGAGCACAGGAUACGCCUAAGGCGACACCGCAACCCGCUGAGGCAAACGUGUGUGAUUUGUGCGCGCAGAAUUUCAACUAUUGCACCAGAGGACAAUUCAAGUGGAGGAGCCGAAGCAGAGCCACGCAGCGGUUCGGAUGGUCGCAGACGCAACGCCAUGCACAGGAGAAAGAAACGCUAGAGAGAGAGAUAGAGAGCGAGAGAGAGCGCGCGAAAGAGAUAGAGAGAGAUUUAUUAGAUAAUAUAAGAUAAACUCAAAGCCAAACAGCAACAACAACAAGUCGAGCGAUUCCAUUUAAAAGCAACGAGGAAGCCAAGGAAUAUGGUGUUAAAUCUGCUCUUUAUAACGACGGUGAUCAAGUCAACAUUUGGUGUGGUUACCACUGGACUGUGGCUAAUACCAUUGCUCCUGGCAGCGAUUACCUACUAUCGCUAUGAUGCCGUCGAUCCAGAGUCGCGACCCCUGGACCAGCUAAAUCUUUGGCCCGAAUAUGAUUUCAUAGUUGUGGGCAGUGGGUCGGCGGGUGCGGUGGUCGCCAAUCGACUGAGCGAGGUGCGCAAAUGGAAGGUGCUGCUCAUCGAGGCGGGCCCAGACGAAAACGAGAUAUCGGAUGUGCCCUCGCUGGCAGCCUAUCUGCAGCUAAGCAAACUCGAUUGGGCCUACAAGACGGAACCCUCGACCAAGGCCUGUCUGGGUAUGCAGAACAAUCGCUGCAAUUGGCCGCGCGGACGUGUCCUCGGAGGCUCCUCAGUGCUUAACUAUAUGCUGUAUGUGCGUGGUAAUCGACAUGAUUACGAUCACUGGGCAGAGCUGGGCAAUCCCGGCUGGGAUUACGAGCAGGUGUUGCGCUACUUUAAAAAAUCCGAGGAUAAUCGGAAUCCCUAUUUGGCCAAAAGCGCCUAUCAUGGACGGGGCGGACUGCUGACCGUGCAGGAGUCACCCUGGCAUACGCCAUUGGUUGCCGCUUUUGUGGAGGCGGGCACCCAGCUGGGCUACGACAAUCGGGACAUUAAUGGUGCCCAGCAGGCGGGCUUCAUGAUCGCCCAGGGCACCAUUAGACGCGGUUCGCGCUGCUCGACGGCCAAAGCAUUUCUACGCCCCAUACGACAGCGUGCAAACUUUCAUUUAUCAAUGAACUCCCAUGUGACGCGCAUCAUCAUCGAGCCGGGCACAAUGCGCGCCCAGGCCGUUGAGUUUGUGAAGAAUGGCAAGGUGUAUCGCAUUGCCGCACGGCGGGAGAUCGUAUUGUCGGCGGGUGCGAUCAAUACGCCGCAGCUGAUGAUGCUGUCAGGAUUGGGACCGCGCCAGCAUUUGGAAAAGCAUGGCAUACGGGUGCUGCAGGAUUUGCCCGUGGGCGAAAAUAUGCAGGAUCAUGUGGGCAUGGGAGGACUCACAUUUCUGGUCGACAAGCCGGUGGCCAUAGUGCAGGAUCGGUUCAAUCCAACGGCGGUGACCUUUCAGUAUGUGCUGCGCGAACGUGGACCGAUGACGAGUUUGGGCGGCGUUGAGGGUUUGGCCUUUGUUCAUACACCGUACUCAAAUCGCAGCAUCGACUGGCCCGACAUACAGUUUCACAUGGCACCCGCCUCGAUUAACUCUGAUAAUGGGGCACGCGUCAAGAAGGUGAUGGGCUUGAAGGAGUCUGUCUAUCAGGAAGUCUAUCAUCCCAUUGCGAAUAAGGAUAGCUGGACCAUAAUGCCUCUACUGCUGCGACCACGCUCCAGGGGCACUGUACGUUUGCGCUCCGCCAAUCCAUUUCAGUAUCCGUUGAUAAAUGCCAACUAUUUCGACGAUCCCAUUGACGCCAAGACGCUGGUGGAGGGCGCCAAGAUUGCGUUGCGCGUCGCCGAGGCGGAGGUCUUUAAGCAAUUUGGCAGUCGACUGUGGCGCAAACCAUUGCCCAACUGCAAACAGCACAAGUUUCUAUCGGACGCGUAUUUGGAAUGUCAAGUGCGCACCAUAUCUAUGACCAUCUAUCAUCCCUGCGGCACGGCCAAAAUGGGUCCCAGCUGGGAUGCCGAGGCCGUUGUCGAUCCCCGGCUACGCGUCUAUGGGGUGCGUGGCCUGAGGGUGAUCGAUGCUAGCAUUAUGCCAACGAUUAGCAGCGGCAACACAAAUGCCCCUGUCAUCAUGAUAGCCGAGAAAGGCGCCGAUCUCAUCAAGGAGGACUGGCUGAAGAAUCCAGAGUACAAGGUCAAACGUCAGGAUAGCUACAGUGAUAGCGAGACGGCAGCCAGCAGCAUCAACAGCAUCAACAGCAUCAACAUACACAGCAACAACAGCACGACCAACAACAGCACCACCAACAAUAGCAUCAACAAUUUGACGCUGAGAGCAACAGCUGCUGAUAUCAUGACAAGCAGCUAGCCAAGUUUGCUUGCUGUUGCCUGUUGUCCUAGGUUUUUUAUUUUGUCUUUUUUUUUUGUUUUUAUUUUUUGGCCACGUAUGCUCAGGGGGUCAACUAGCUUUAUAAUGACAGUCGAGCAUAUUGUGUUUUAGACUUGAAGGCAACUUCUUCAGUUGCCUUUAUUUUUGAGAUAUAGUCCCAGACAAAAGUUUGCCAUUGUUUCAAUUUAGUGUUAAGACAAAACAAACAAACAAACAACAAACAAAAAAAAAACAACAAAAGUUCGCUCACAUAACGCCAAGCGACGCAACAAUCACUUUCUCAUAUCUCUCUCACAUAAAUAUGUAUAUGAAAAUGAUGUAAUGGCAAAAUGCAUGAU